UUAUUCCAGUUAUUUUCACCAUAUUUGUGUUUUGUAGAGGUCUUGGGUUGACUUGAUCAAACACUGCCAUGUCAUCACCAGCACCUACCACACCUGGACGCCGCAGCAAGCGAGGACGCUCCACUGAGGAGGACAAGGAGACCGAUCCAGUUACUCCAUCAAGAAAAAGUGGCCGUUCAACAAAUGCUGGUGCAACACCUAGGAGUACUCGUAAAACUCAGAAUGAGGGGAUACAAUCGCCCCCCACACGGCGAAGGAAAAUUGACCCGUCUUCUCCGGGAAUGGACCUGCCAGCAAUGCCGUCAUCUCCAGCUUCCGUUCAGCAGCAAGAACAGGAUAUCUCGCUCACGGGGAACUUAGGCACAAGUGAGAUUGAUCUAAGCUCCCCACUCAACUAUGGUACCCCAAGUUCAAGGCUGGGUGUGGGUACCCCCAGGACACCAGGAGGCACACAGAUCAGAAUGAGAGCAGAUAUAGGCAGCACGAGGAAAAUCAGACAGGUCAAUCUGGGAUCAGAUCCAAGUGGAAUGGACACGUCAAUGAGGGGCGUAAGCAGUGAAUUGGGAACGGAUCCUAAUGCAGCGCCACAAAUGGUCAUCUGGGGAACCGAUGUCGUUGUCAGCCACUGCAAGGAGAAAUUCCGUCGAUUCAUCGAACGUUUCGUCCCAGAAGACAUUGCCGAUGACGAACGAUUUGAAGGAAUGGACAUCGAAGUUCCAAUCUAUCAACAGCGGUUGGAAGAGAUCAAUCUGAUAGGGGAUCCAUUCCUCGACGUAAACAGCGGACAUUUGAAACAGUUUGAUGCCGAUUUGUAUCGUCAGUUAGUGAGUUAUCCGCAGGAAGUGAUUCCAACGUUGGACAUGGCCGUUAAUGAACUAUUUUUCGAUAAAUACCCCGACACACAGCUGGAGCAUCAGAUCCAAGUCCGGCCAUUUAAUGCGGAGACCACCAAAAAUAUGAGGUCGCUCAACCCUGAAGAUAUUGAUCAGUUGAUCACCAUCAAUGGUAUGGUCAUCCGAACGUCCCCGCUGAUCCCGGAGAUGAGAGAGGCAUUCUUCCGCUGUUACGUCUGUAAUAAUAGUGUUACGGUGGAGAUCGAUAGGGGGCGCAUCAGUGAACCGACGCUCUGUCAGAACUGCAACACAAAUCACAGUUUCGCCAUGGUUCAUAAUCGUUCACAGUUCACGGAUAAACAGAUGGUCAAGUUACAAGAGUCACCAGAGGACAUGCCAGCUGGUCAGACGCCGCACACUGUCUGUGUCUAUUCCCAUGGUGACCUUGUGGACAAGGUUCAGCCUGGGGACAGGGUCAAGGUGACUGGAAUCUACCGAGCGACCCCGCUGCGUGCGAUGCCACGUGCAAGAAACGUCAAAUCCGUCUACAAAACUCACAUCGAUGUUGUCCACUUCCGUAAGGCUGAUCAAAAGAAUAUCCGGGAUAGUGAUAAUGAUGAUAAUACGGAUGUGACAAAGGACAUGCGAUUCACGGAGGAGAAGAUUAACGCGUUGAAGGAGUUGGCGAAGAAGCCUGAUCUGUAUGAGAGACUGGCAAGGGCACUUGCACCAAGUAUCUAUGAACAUGAGGACAUCAAGAAGGGGAUUCUGUUACAGUUGUUCGGCGGCACGAGGAAGGACUUCACCAACGCUGGACGGGGGAAGUUUAGGGCUGACGUCAAUAUUCUUCUGUGCGGAGACCCGGGUACUAGUAAGUCGCAGUUGCUACAAUAUGUGUUCAACCUGGUGCCAAGGGGACAGUACACAUCUGGUAAAGGCUCCAGUGCAGUUGGUUUAACCGCUUAUGUAACCAAGGAUCCAGAGACUAGGCAGUUGACUCUUCAAACUGGUGCCCUGGUACUCAGUGACAAUGGUAUUUGCUGUAUCGACGAGUUCGACAAAAUGACCGACAGCACGCGGUCAAUUCUUCAUGAAGUCAUGGAACAGCAGACGCUCUCUAUCGCUAAGGCUGGUAUCAUCUGUCAGCUGAACGCGCGAACCUCCAUUCUGGCUGCCGCUAACCCCAUACAAUCUCAGUGGAAUAAAAACAUGACUAUCAUCGACAAUAUACAGCUGCCGCAUACACUUCUCUCCAGAUUUGACCUCAUCUUCCUCAUGCUUGAUCCCCAGGAUGAGACGUUCGAUCGUCGCCUUGCCAACCAUCUUGUUUCCCUUUAUUAUCAGGGAGAGGAUGAAGCAGUGGAUGAAAAUUUGGACAUGAGCCUUCUCAAAGAUUACAUUGCCUAUGCGAGGAAAUACGUCCAACCCAAGAUAAGCGAUCACGCUUCCCAGGCCUUUAUUGAAGCGUACGUCGAGGCAAGGCAGGUCGGCAGUGGUCGAGGUCAGGUGUCCGCUUACCCGCGACAGUUGGAAUCUCUGAUCCGAUUGGCUGAGGCUCAUGCCAAGAUGAGGCUGCAUGAGACUGUCGAGAUCGAUGAUGUUCAGGAGGCUAGAAGACUUCACCGUGAAGCCCUGAAGCAAGCGGCUGUGGAUCCUUCUACCGGGAAGAUCGAUAUCUCCAUCCUGACCACCGGUAUCAGUGGCGCCGCCCGCAAACGCCAGGCCGAAGUCGUCAAGGCGAUCGUCAAGAUCCUUGAAGAGAAGGGAAAGAAAAUGCAGACAAUAAAGCAUCCAGUUCUGCUGGAUGAGGUCAGGGAGAGAUCAGAUAUUUCUAUCACCAAGGAUAUGUAUGAAGAUGCAUUGAAGGAGCUACAGGAUGAAGAAAAAAUUAUGCGCACUGGGAAUAUUAUUAGAAUUCUUCGCUGAACAUUCACAACUGAUCGUGCUUCGACCAAGAAGUCAAUACCAUGAACUCUCUCAUACAUACUUGAUUGUUGAAACUCCAAGAUUUUCUGAUAUGUAACUUAAAAUUGGACAUACUCGUACUAUGUUUUCAGGAUUGUUGGAAUUAUUUAGUUGCAGAAUUUAUUGCGAUGGUGAGAAAGGCAACAUAAUGGGUUUCAAGACACAAUUUUGUUGGAAGAUUAAAUAGGUCGUUUUGGUUUCUAUCCAUUUCAAAUCCAGCCUUUGGUACCCUGAAUUCUCAAGAGUAUAACUUCAGGAUAUAAUCAUGCACGCUUAUGUACUAUGAAGCACUGUUUUUCUUAGCAUUAUGUUUGUAUAUAAGUAUUUUGCUGCAAAACCUCUUUAUUACUGUGACAUGCCUUGAGUGAAGCAAAUCUGAAUGAUGCCUUUGGUUGCAAGUCCAGGUGAUGUUUUGUUUGUGUGGCAAAUUCAGUUGACCCAAAACUUCCUUUUCUUGGUCUUUCUCAUAACAUUAUUGUCUGUUCAAUGAAAUAAUUUUUAUUAUUACUAUCAAAAUAGGACAAUUCAUUGCACGUUACUUUAUAUUUUGUAUUGGCUGCAUUUAUCAUGUUUAUACAUUUUGUUACUGCAUUUAAGAACUCUGAAGCCAUCACUGAAUUGUCU